AUGGCAUCCGUGCAAACCAUGUAUAGACGAGCGGCGACCACCAUGGGAGGGAAGGACGGAGAGAAGAAGGGCGAGACGGAGGUGUUCUCUGAGGACUGGAUGAACAAGUGUUACAAAGGCCUCAUCUACCCCAACCCUACUUGUGUCCAGGUGAUGGAUCAGGUGAAUCGGGCCUUGGCCAAGCAUGUGACCCGACCUCAGGGCUCAGAGCUCAAACAGCAGGCCCUGUUCACCCUUCUGGGCCCUGAGUUCACCACCCAACACUUCCCCUACCACAAGUAUAACGUCCAGAUACUGGAGCCCCCACUGGCCCCCAGGCAGAAGGAGAAGUACGUGCAGGAGGCGCGCGUCUUCCUCGACCAGGCUCUCUCCCGCGCCCUCACCGACUGCGGGUACCCAGAGGAUGCCAGUGCCUAUGAGAAUGAUGACGAGCUGGGCCGCUUCCUUCAUGAGGUCCGCUCUAAUUUUCAAGAGGGACUCAGGAGGCACACAGCUGUCGUCAGAUUCGAAGAGGAGGCAGAGAGGGAGCGCCAGAAAAAUGGGGGUGACAGCAACAAUGAAGACGACGAGGGUAAUGACACAGAUGAUGAAAUGGAGAAGGCCAAGAGGAAAGCACUGAAGGAAGACCUGGGAACUAAACCCUCUGAUGUGGCUGGCCAGGCGCUCCUUGCCAUCUUGGCCCAAAACAAUAACAAAAAGAACGAGUAUAUGAAAAGACUCCGGGAGCGACACUUAGGACUGUCGAAUAACCUCCGUUGCUUCUUCUGGUGGGAGUUUUUGAUCGAUAAAGAGGCAGCCAAACUGAAGCCUAAGCCCGACCAGGAUGUGAAGGCGCUCAUGAGAGACAAGUUCAACAAAACACUGGACAAGGAGAUGAAGAGCCAGAAGGUGACGAGGGCCAUUCGCAGCAACAACUGGCGCACUAUAGACAGUGCUGUUAUUGAGGCUUACGACAACACGUCUCCACUUCGAUGUCUGGACAACGAAGAGCAUAUGAUCCAGACAGCCCGAGCCCUCAAUAUCCUCAACAUCCACUCCAAGAUAUUCUCCAACAUUCACAUCUACUGGCUCGUACCCCUCCAGCAGGCCUUCCCGAAGAAGCCUGAUGAAGAAGAUGAGGAACACGUGAUACGGCAGGCAAUGUUGCUUGAAUUGGUGACCCGCCACUGUCAGAUGAGCCAGAAGGAAGUAUUCGCUGUGGCCGAGCAGAUAAUGGAGGUGAUGAAGAAGAAUGACACCGAGUACUACGACCACAUCACACGCUGCCUCAACAACCAGGUCUCCCGUAUAAAUCUCAAGGUUAGUGUCGUGGUAGGAGUGAUGGAUGGGAGACUUCUGCCUGAGGUGCUGACGAAGGACUUGAAGGGGUCAGUGAAGCAGUACCAAGAGCUGCUGGAGCGAGGCACUAAGGACAUGAAGCCCAAACACCUCAAGAUCUUCACCGACCCAGCCAUCUUCAUCAGAAUGUGGAUUGCUCAGGCAUUUGUGGGCGUGCUGAGCGUGUCAGCAUGCGUAUGGGUGUGGGAUCAGCUGUUCCUGGGUGGGUGGAAGAAGGAAACGAUGAAGGACAUAGUUGGCUAUCCUGACGCUCAUCAAACCAUGGAUGCUGAGAGCCAACAUGUAUUCUGGCGCCCGCAAGAUAAACCAGGAGUUAUGUGGUGGCAGGUGUUGUUGGAUGAACCUGGUAAGCUGUACCUGAGUGACCUGAGGAGGACCCUGGCACACAUGGAGUCUGGCGGCUCCUACAGCGACAGUCCUGACAACAAGAACUACCUUGACUCUAAGACAGUGAAGCAGCCCUCCAAGAAACAGGCACAAGACCAAGGCGAGGCUGCCAGAUCACUGAAGGGUGAUGAUGGCAAGCAGAGAACACCAUCUAAGGGUGAGGAGAAGGAGAAAACAAAGGCACCAAAAUUGGAGGAGAAGAAGCAGCCAGAUGAUAAGAAGCCAGUUAACAAGAAGCCAGAAGAGAAGCAGCAGCCCACUGCCAACACCUCCAGCGGCCCCCAGAGUACUGAAGCUUCAGCGGCAGUGUUACCCUUCGCCCCAGACCGCAUCUUCGACAUCGACCUUGAUCUCGACUCUGACAGUGAUGAUGACGAAGAACUGCCUAUCCCGGAGCCUCCACCAGACACCGAGAGUGAAUCAGAGCCUACACCACCUCCCACCCCCACACCACCUCGGACACCGACUCCACCACCCCCACCACCUGAGCACAAUGCAUGGCUGCCUCAUGAGAAGGACAAGACGGAUCCUCAGCUCCCUUCACCCACCAGGGCCACCGAGCCUUGUGAUUUCUAUAUUGAUGCCGUCCGGUUCCUCCCAGACAACAUCACUCAUUGUAAGCCUAAGGAGUCCCACAAGGAGUCCCUAGGACCUUUGCUCUUCCUGUGUUAUGUUAAUGACAUGCCCAUUAGUGUUAAUUGUACACUUUUGCUGUAUGCUGGCAACAGUGCUCUUUUAGUGUUAGAAGCUAAAAUCCAAGCUCAAAAUUAUUUGAAACAAGGUAGUGAGAUUCAUAUUUUACCUGAAUUCAAGAGAUCACUGAACAUGUUAAGUGUGACAGAUAGAGUGAAGCAACUGAGGCUGAAUCAUGCUUGCAAGAUUUUCAAUGGACUGUGCCCAGAGUAUUUAACAACAAACUUUGUAAGGAUUAUGGAUAUGAACCGACAGGGCUCUAGAAGGAGUGAACAUAAUUUUAUAUUACCUAGUGUCCGUGGUCAAGCAAAAAACAUUUUCUACUUUACUGCUAUAAUAGACUGGAACAAGAUACCAGACCACAUCAAAACUGGGUAUGAGAUCAAGCCUAAGCAUAUAGGACCCUCCUGGACAUAA